CUCCGCCCAUACCGGGCGCCCGGAGCGUCCUCCACUCGCCGAACCGGAGAGAUUCGCCCGGAGGGCCGAGGGAGGUAUGUUGGCUGCCGAUUGGCUGCGCGCCGGCUUCCCGAUCCCGCUGAUUGGCCUCUGAGGAGCAGGAAAUCGGCUGAGGAGAGGCAUGAAGCGAAAGCGGAGUGAGGAGGCGGCUGAACCGGCUGCAGCCACACCAUGCGGCUCUCUCUUUCGCCUGUCUGUCUCCAAGCUUCACCGAAGCCUACAGCAUGGUGAGCCCAGCCUCCGGCACCUGGUGCUGGUGGCCAACACUCUCCGCCGCUUCCAGGGUGAGGUGCAGCCCGUACCUGCCCCUGUUCUCCAGGCCACCUUGGGCCAGGAGGACCCUUCUCCUGAGGGCAGCUCCAUCUCCCUGCCCAGCGCCCUGGUCUGCGCCCUGUCAGAGCCCAGCUGGACGCCGCUGUCACCGCCUUCCCUCUCCCCGCGCGUGGACGGGCUCCUCCUCUCCAGCGUAGACUCAUCUGCCUUCCCCACCUUUUUGGACAACUCAAGCGACAUUACGCAGCCCAGAGGGCCCCAGCUGUGUUUGUUCGGCCCUGAGGCUGGUACCCUGGAGCUUCCGAGCCCUGGUGGCUACCUUCCGGAAGAUGGCCUGGAGGGCGUCUUUGAAGGUAUUGACACCUCCACGUACGACUGCGAUCUGUGGCUGCCCACCAGCCUCCCCAACUUCAAAGAGGCCUUCUGCUCACCGGGAGAGCAGAGGCCAGAUCUGGCAGGCCUUGGCAGUCUCAUGGAUGUACUUGUGGGGGUACAGGAGCUAUGAGGGCACUGAUCAAAGUAAAUUGUAGUCCCAGUGUGGAAAUGGGGGUUGACAGUCCCAGAGAAGGAGCCGUUGCCAUAGAGAACAAAGUGUCCAUGACAUCUUCUAUAGAACUGUUUCCGAACUCCUCACGUGGCUACCUCUUUGGAAACUUUCUCAAAAGAAAACUGACCAGCUUGAAAUAGGUUGGAUCCUAUACUUGCCGUCUUCAGGUUCAGUAACGAUCUAGGACAAACAGUUGUCUGCUGUGGCAAAGCUCUGCAAUGGCUUUUUAGAAACUGUUCUGGAGUUCUGCUGGGAUCUUUUUACUUGUGCAAAGGGCUAGAUUUGUCUGGGUUGGAGGGCAGGGAUCUUCUGGAAUGGCUGGGAUAUGCUAGGCCUUUGAGUCUUAAGACCAGAUGCCAGCUUUUGAGAGAGAGCACCCACCUGGUUGGCCCCUCAUCUCCUCUGGAAUGGUACACCUGUGUUCUCCCUCCCCCAGUGAACCCUUCUGAGCUGCCUAGGCGAGGGGCGUUCACUGGGCUGGGCCUCUUUAUGCGAGUAGACAGGAACUGCUCCUGGGGGUUGGGCAGUCAGCUGCGGUGAGACUGAGAAGGUAAUUUAUUAUAUGAGCAUCAAGUACUAGAAAAGAUGAAAACGCAGCAUCCUGUUAAAUUGCCUUGAAAGGAUUCAACUCUAUGUUGGAAUUGAAUGUAUUCUGUCUGUCCAAGAGCCAGGGAUGGAAAGGUCCAUGCAGACUGCAAAUUCUGAAUCGGUUUGGGGCUGAUUUAAGGUUAAGAAUGUAGAACUAUAUUGGAUUGGACCAAAGGGGCCCAUCCAGUCCAACAUUUUUUCUUCCACAGUGACAAGCCAACUAUGAAUGCAGAAAGCAUGCUCUGGUUUCUGCUAUCCUCUGGCUGAUAGUCCUGCUGCUCAUGGAGAUUCCAAGUUGCUUCUUUUCCAAAAAUUGGUGUUAUAAAUCCACCUUUAAAUUGUCUAAGCAAUGGCUGUUCUCAACCCUUGCAGUGGAAUUCAUGGUUGUUGGAUUUGAACAAUACAUUAAACCAUGUUCUGG